UAACCGACCUUCAGGUCCUUCACCCACCCCACCCUGCUUCCUCGCAGCUAUAUAUAUAUAUAUAUAUAUACCAACCCCCUGGUUCGGUUUCUCUCGCUCCUGCGUUCGUUACAGUUUAAUCCUUCUAGCGACCGGGGAUUCUCUUCUAUUCCCCCUUAGUAAAGAUUUGUGUAAGAAAUGGCUCGUACCAAGCAAACCGCUCGUAAGUCAACCGGUGGAAAGGCUCCCAGGAAACAGCUCGCCACCAAGGCCGCAAGGAAGUCUGCACCUACCACCGGCGGAGUCAAGAAGCCUCACCGUUACCGCCCUGGAACCGUUGCUCUGCGAGAAAUCCGAAAGUAUCAAAAGAGCACCGAGCUUCUGAUCCGAAAGUUGCCUUUCCAGCGCCUGGUCCGAGAAAUCGCCCAGGAUUUCAAGACAGAUUUGAGGUUCCAGAGUCAUGCAGUACUGGCGCUGCAGGAGGCUGCUGAGGCGUACCUGGUGGGUUUGUUCGAGGACACAAACUUGUGUGCCAUCCACGCCAAGAGGGUAACCAUCAUGCCCAAGGAUAUCCAGCUUGCCCGGCGGAUUCGUGGAGAACGUGCUUAAGACAUCCUAGACAACAUUUAUGUGCUGAAACAGUGGCCUUUUCCUUGGACGAGCUAAUAAAUACUAUACUUGGUAGAAACUUAUUUAGAUACAUAUGGCUUCCGUAUUGAUUUAGUUAGUUACUCUGGCUUAAUUCCUAAUUGGCGUUUAUAGUUUUUGUAAAUCUCUAGUGUUUUCAUAACUUUACAGUUUAAGGAUUCUAUAUGUUCAGUUUAACAUGGAUGUUUGAUCCCCGUCCCAAUUGGUGUUUAAUAUUUCUGAUUA